CAUCUCUCUGCGUCGACACUGACACACACACACACACACACACACUGUUUUUUUAUUAUUAUUUUAUGAGCACGUGACGUUUCCACACUGUCUCUCACACAGAGACAGAGAGAGAGCGAGAGUGGGUGUGUGUGUUUAUGUGUGUGUGUGUGUCCGCGUCAUUGUGUGCGCGCCUCCCUGACUCUCCACUCCACAGCCCCGUGGAGCUGUUGUUCCCACAGAGCAGGAGGACAAUCACACGAGCUGCUGGUGGAUUAGCGCGGAACAGAAAAGGAGGAAAAAGGAAGAGUGCGCGACCUCUUCUCUUCACUUCCAUUCAUUGCUCUCCUCGUACGUUGCGGGAUCUUGGCGCUUGCGGCUGUUGCUUUUUUUGUAUUUGUAUUAUUUAUUUCGGGAGGGUUUCCGCGGUGGUGGCGCACAGGCCGAUAUGGAUUUACCUCUGUCUAGACGAGACUCGCCGCCUUUCCCUGCGCCAAACUUGUGAUUGUCACCGCUGUAUUGCGUCUCGACCCCGGGAGCCGAGGAGGAGAAGUUUUUGACGCAGCGUUUUGUGGAAACCGGGCGACCACAUGUGGGGACUUUUGGAGACACUUGGACUCGUUUCGCUGUCCUGCUCUCCUUCUCUCAUGGGGUGACCCACAAAGAGCUGCUGAGACGUGACUGUGGGACAGGCCGCCUCCCUCCCAGCCCGCGCCUUAGUGGCGAUGCUCAUCAGCGCAGACGCUCUCCACGACUCCGCUGUGUGAAUGAAUCUUUGCCGUAAAGCCACCGUGCUCUGCCAGCCCGUCACCAUGAGGAGCAAGUAUUCCCAGUACUACAAUCAGACUCUGCUCCACUCCUACUAUGCCUUUGCCAAGAACAUCUCCACGCAGGAGCUGGACAACAUCAUCGAGAACAAGCGGCAUCUCACCACGCUCAACAUUGUCAUCGUGGUCCUCUGCACCAUCAUCAUCCUGGAGAAUCUGCUGGUCCUCAUCGCCGUGUGCCGCAACAAGAAGUUCCACUCCGCCAUGUUCUUCUUCAUCGGCAACCUGGCGUUCUCGGACCUGCUGGCAGGCUCCGCCUACAUCGCCAACAUUUUCCUAUCGGGGUCAAACACUUUCAAGCUGGUGCCCGUGCAGUGGUUCAUCCGGGAGGGCACGGCGUUCAUCGCGCUGGCGGCCUCUAUUUUCAGUCUGCUGGCGAUCGCGAUCGAGCGCUACAUCGCCAUCACCAAGGUGAAGGUGUACGGCUCCACCAAGACGUGUCGCAUGUUCCUCCUCAUCGGAGCGUGCUGGGUCACCUCCAUCCUGCUCGGAGGUCUCCCCAUCAUCGGCUGGAACUGCAUCAACGACCUGCCCGAGUGCUCGGCCGUGCUGCCGCUCUACGCCAAGCGGUACAUCGUCUUCGUCGUCACCAUCUUCAGCCUCAUCCUGCUCUCCAUUGUCAUCCUCUACGUGAAGAUCUACCUGAUCGUGCGCUCCAGCCGCCAGGAGGCGACCAACUCGCAGGCCUACGCGCUUCUGAAGACGGUCACGAUCGUGCUGGGCGUCUUCAUCAUGUGCUGGCUGCCCACGUUCAUCAUCCUCCUCCUGGACUCGUCCUGUGGCAUACAGUUCUGCCACAUCCUCUCCCGGGCGGAUAUCUUUUUCGGCUUUGCCACCCUGAAUUCGGCGCUCAACCCCGUCAUCUACACGCUGCGCAGCAAGGACAUGAGGAAGGAGUUCCUGCGCGUGUUGUGCUGCUGGGGCGUGCUGCAGAGCGGGCGUCCCUCCGACCGCUGCCUGGUCCCGCUAAAGAGCUCCAGCUCGCUGGAUCAGUGCACGCACAAACACGAACACCAGACCACGCCCAUCAUGCAGGACUGUACCACCUGUGUCUAACGUGGUGCGGACACUUCAGAGUGUGUGUGUGUGACUGCAAAGAGUGUGUGUGUGUGUGUGUGUGUAUGUGUGAUGAAACAGAGAGGUGUUGAAAACAAAAGAAGCAAGCAUUCCGUGGACUGAGAGGCCUGUCGAGGCCGGGGCACAGCGCUCUGCAGUGUUCUGACACGUUCGUCUUAUUACAAUCAAAUUCGUCGUGACGUCACAAUCAGCAUUGAGACAAUUCAACACGAAACACAGCGUCUCCAGAGGGGGAAACUAAUUUAAAAAAAUAAAUAAAUGUAAAAAAACGGUGAGAACUUUCUGAAAUGUGAAAAACAAAAAUAGCUUUUUUUUUCUUCUUAUGGGUACGCCCAUGACUUAAUAUGGAGUUGCAUACCGUUGUUAAUGUAUUCGCCUGUCGUGUUGUUUUUGUACUUCUCUCUGUACACAUGUUAACCCGUAUUAAGAGCCAAAACAAAAAAAACACACAUCGCAGAUGUGGUGAGUAACAUGGAGGAAGUGCAUCAGUGCAAAGCCUGCAAAAGUUGUGGACUAUGUCAGCGAUUGUUGUCCUUUGUGAGGUUUUUAAACCACGCGACUCUCCUUGUCUGGUGUGCAAAGAAAGAAGAAAACGUUCAUAAAACCCGGUCAAGUCAGUUUCAAUGGACUCGGUGUCCCCAAUAUCGUCAACCAUUUUGUUCUUACGGUGUACGUAAACACACCGAGAGUGAUUCAGUGAUCAGCUCCAUCAGCUGCACUCUACAGAUCAUACCAUACCACUCUAUUGUGUCCGACACCAAUACUGAUAUCAGUCCGAUACUGUCAUUCACUUCUUUUAAACAUCUCAGCUGUAGGGCCGGGUAAAGGUUUUCAAGACAGUAUUGAACGCGAUAGUCUUUAGACUUUACAUUUUAAAUACUAAUUUUAUGAAUUAAAUAGAAGACGCAUCAAGUUUUAGCUGGUCUGAUUGUCUUCUCGCAGUCGGACACAGAUUUAUUCUCUGGACUGUUCCGUGUUUCCUACUUUCGUUAUUUGAUUCCAUGAAAACAUGGGAAGUUCGAUAAAAACGCAGAUGUACGCGUCGCGCCGCAGGUUCACAUCAAUCGCUGGCCCCAACAUCGACAUCUUCGCUGACCAUUUGCCACAGUCUCUCCUUUCUUGUUUUUUCCCCAGUCCAGAAUCAAUAUAAUCGAUUAUACCCCGGGUAUAAAUUAGCCUAAGCCAGACUAUACCCCUCGUGUAUCAAGCGGUUUUGAUGUAGUUGACUUAAUUGUUUAACAUGUUAUUGGGGUUUCAUUUCAAAGUACAAGGCGACGACAAUCCACCACAUCAAUAUCACCCUAAGAAAAUGUGAAAUGUCAAAAGUUUGUUCGUAAUUAGAGACUUGUUUUUGGAUAAAUGUCAAUAAACUCCAGCGCAUUGAAUUUGCAAGUAAACCGGAGUGAACGCAGCAUUAGCCGUACUCCGUUUUUGGUCACGUUUGACAUCUUUAUUUACAGCAUAAGAACUGUAGUCUUAUAAAUAUUUACUAUUUAUAUAUGAGUGCAGUGAGUAUCAAGUAUUGGUAUGGUUCCAGUGGUAUCGUGUGGUCUAAUGUAAGUGAGUGUGCUGUUUAUAGACACAAUUAUAGACAUCCUCACCGUUUAUUCAAACACGUGCAUUUUUGAAGUGGAUUACACUAGGGCUGAAACAGUUACUCCAUUCAUCGAUUAUUAAUCGUUAACGAACCGUCAACUAUUUUAAUGUUAAGUGUUUUUUAAGAAAUUAAAAGCAAGUUUUCAGAUUUUUUUCAGCUUCUUAAAUGUGAAUAUUUUCCAUUUUCUUUGCUCCAUACGACAAAGAAAUCACUCAAACUUUUGGUUUUUGGACAAGACAACAAGACGAGACAUUUGAGAACAUCGUCCUUUUCCCGGCUUGAGAAACGCUGGUCAACAUUUGACGGACCGAAGCGAUUACUCGAUGAAUGGAUUAUGAAAGUAGUGGUUAGUUGUAGCCCGCGAUGAUGCGUUAAUCCUGGUCCUUUCGUUGUGGUGUAUACGGCGUAUAUGUGCGUUAUCACGUAGACAAACACCACUGGCUUGUCCUUUCUACAAUGCAGCAGAACAGAAGCCAUACUCAGAAGUAAAAUAAUAAUAACAAUAAUAAUAAUAAUAAUAAUAAUAAUAACCAGGGCUAUAUAUAUCCCCUAUAUAACCUUGCUUUAACCAUCUGUUAAAUCUGCUUACAUUUACUGCAUGAACUCAUUCGUGAGCACUAACGUGUAUGAUAUACUCCAUUUUUUGUCCUCACGCUCUGUCUCUUCCCUCCCUCCCCGCUUGUCCAGUUGUCUCUUGUAUCCGAAACCCGUUUCCGCGGAGGAAAGCCCAAUCAGAAAGCACGUUUUCCUGAAGGGAGUCGGCACUGAUGAUUUCUUUGACAGCUGUCCAGCGGCUCCCACUUACUAAUAAUAGUCGUAAUAACAAUAAUAAUUAAAAAAAAUGGGACCAACGUCCUGACAGUGUUGUAGCAACGUAGCAGCGGUUGUGCUGUUACUCUGACUGUGCCUUCCUCCUGUGGGAUUCAUAGGCUGAAUGUAUGUAUGAAGUGUUUGGGGCAGGCGCUCCUUUAUUUUGACAGUAUUAUUUUUUUAUUUUUGUCACUGACGAUCGGAGAGUGGGUCAAAAAAAAAAAGUGUGGGUCGCUCUCACUGUGAAUUCUCAGACAGCACCGUGAACAAAAUCUAAAUUAGUUGUGUGAACAUCAUUGGUUUCAUUUGCUCGCCAUACGUUAACUGUGUGUAACUCAAAGUUGCCUUUCAAAAUAAAAGAAGUUGUUGUUCGGGGGAGGGUGUAAGGGUGCGUAGGGAGAGGCCUUAUACCUACCUAAUCAUCAUUUUCCUGACGACUUCCUCUGAUGACAGGAAGUCCUGUUGUUCAUUGUCCGGUUCCUGUUCUUCAGGGUUACACUAACCUUCUUCCUCACGUGUCACACGUUUAAAUUUCUUUUAUUUUAGUUUUACAUUUUGGGCCAAGUUUAAACGGUGAAAAGCACUUUGGCAGCUUCAGUGAUGUUUGCUUCCCCCUUGUUGUUGUUGUUGUUGUUGUUUUUUCAGACGCAGAGUAGUUUGAAUCUUUUGUACCUAUCACUUCAUUGUGUUCAUUUUAAAAAUGACAAAUAUAUGAAAAACCAUGUAAGUAUGUAUGUAUCUUUGUACAGUAUGUAUGAUUCGUGUCGUAUGAAAAUGUCUCGUGUGCAAUAGCCUUGUGUGUCCAGUAGCACGCUGCCUGUGUUAAACCGGUACAAUCUGAAACACUAAUGUUUGUUGGUACAUAAACGUUUUGUAAUUGCAUUCCCUUUUUUUUUUAUAAAAUAAAUGAAAUACCGAAACAA